CCUUCACAGGAUUCCCUUUAAAAAAUUCAUUUUGUUAUCAUGUCCUGCUUGAACCUUUAACUGUCGACGCCUUCGAGUGCGAUUGCCACCACAUCCGCUCUCGGCGCCAUUCUGUGCUCACAUCGUGUCGUCAUUCAAUCGCAUUCUGCAAGAGGGGGGAAUUGCUCAAGAUUAUCGUUCGCCACGGAAAUCAGUGGGUGGAGGUAAACCUGGGGUGAAGCCGUCGAAUUUGGGGGUUCGGGAGGGGGAAAUUGGGUGGCAAUGUACGCCGCCUCGAGUAAGCUUAGCUCCUCGGGAUGUCUGUUGAGUACGUUUUCAUCGUAUAGGAAAUGGGUCCACCAUUUCGCAGUUACUCUGCCCUUGCAGCAGCGCAAGAGCUUCCAGUCCAGCUGUGUAACGAGGGUUCCCCGCCGCUUUGUGGGCUUACCAUGUUCCAUAUCACCACUGCGUGUUGUGCCGGCGCAGCUGACCUCCACGAGGCUCUUGGUAGUGGCAUUGAAUGACAAGCGUGGAAAUGGCUCCACAAACACUGAUGGAGCUGUAACGGGAUAUCAGCUCCCUCCAAAAGAGAUAAGAGAGAUAGUAGACGCACCGCCAAUACCUGCUCUCUCAUUUUCUCCAAAACGGGAUGAGAUUGUAUUCUUGCAGCGACGAUCGCUACCUCCCGUGGCUGAAUUUGCAAAACCAGAGCUUAAGCUUGCAGGGAUACGUAUAGACCCUGAUUACAAUUCAGGGAGCAGGAUGUCCUUCUACACAGGAAUCAGUAUCCGUAAGUUGCUUGACGAAGGAAUUCUAGGUCCGGAGCGUUCAGUUGACGGUCUUCCCGAAGAUGCCAGAAUUAACUUCGUGAGCUGGUCACCAGACGGUCAACAUUUAGCAUUCAGUGUUCGUGGCGUUGAAGAGGAGAAUGGCCCUCCCUCAUUGCUGACUCUAUGGAUUGCAAACGUGAAGACAGGGAAAGCUCGAAGGCUUAUUGGUCCCCCAGAACUUCAUCUUAAUUCCAUCUUUGAGUCGUAUUCUUGGGUUGACGAUGAAACAAUAGUAGUUAGCACUAUUCCUGCCACACGUGGUGCUCCUCCUAAGAAGCCUCUGACUCCAUCUGGUCCAAAAAUCCAGUCAAAUGAAGAGCAACUCGUCGUUCAAAAUCGUACUUACCAAGAUCUCUUGAAAGACAAGCAUGAUGAAGACCUCUUCGAUUAUUACACAACUGCACAGCUUGUAUUAGUAACUCUAGAUGGGAAAGCUCAGCCUAUUGGGCAACCGGCUACUUACGUAUCUGUGGAGGCAUCACCUGACAGCAAUUUUCUCCUUGUUGAAUACCUUCAUAGACCUUACUCAUUUAUUGUACCCUGCGGUCGAUUUCCUAAAACAGUUGAGGUGUGGCGGAGGGACGGUGAAUUUGUUAAGCAGAUUUGCGAUCUACCUCUUGCAGAAGAUGUACCGAUAGCUUCUAACAGUACACGAAAAGGCCGCCGAGGCAUCAAUUGGCGUUCGGAUAAACCGGCGUCUUUAUACUGGGUAGAAACACAAGAUGGAGGUGAUCCUAAAGUUGAUGUAUCUCCUCGUGACAUUGUAUACUCGGAACUUGCUGAAAUUGUGGCCAACACCGAACCUCAAAUUAUAGCCAAGACAGAUCUUCGAUACGGAGGCAUAGUUUGGGGCGAUGAAUCUUUGGCAUUGGUUUACGAGUCGUGGUACAAGACCCGUCGUACUCGCACCUGGAUUAUUGCCCCAGGAACUACUAAUUCAGAACCUCGCAUUCUCUUUGAUCGCUCAUCAGAAGAUGUGUAUUCUGACCCUGGAUCUCCAAUGUUGCGUCGGACGGCUCUUGGAACUUACGUCCUUGCACAACUCAAAAACAGUGACGAAAAAAGAUGUUUAUUGUUGAAUGGUAGUGGGGCCUCACCUGAAGGCUACGUUCCUUUUCUUGACGUCUUUGACACGGAGACCGGCAAGAAAGAACGAAUAUGGGAAAGUGAUAAGGAAAAGUAUUUUGAAGACGUAGCCGCACUCAUGUCAGACCAAGUAGACGCCGAUUUAUCUGUUGAUACUCUCAAGCUUCUUAUAUCCAAGGAAUCACAACUUGAUCCACCUCAGUACUAUUUGCGGACCUGGCCUGAACAGAAAGAAACGCAAGUCACUAAUUUCCCCCACCCUUACCCCCAGUUACGAAAUCUUAAGAAGGAGAUCAUUAGGUAUGCGAGGAAUGAUGGUGUACAACUAAUGGCAACUCUAUAUUUACCACCUGGUUAUGACCCAUCGAGGGAUGGUCCUCUACCUAUGCUUAUGUGGGCUUAUCCUCGCGAGUUCAAGAGUAAAGAUAAUGCUGGUCAGAUGCGGGGAUCUCCAAACACAUUCGCUGGCAUCGGGUCUACUUCUGCUUUACUAUGGUUGGCCAGAGGGUUUGCUAUUCUUGAUGGACCUACUAUGCCAAUAAUAGGAGAGGGUGAAGAGGAAGCCAAUGACCGAUACGUGGAGCAACUUGUAGCCAGUGCGCAGGCAGCAGUCGAUGAAGUUGUCAGACGUGGGGUUGCUGAUCCUAAAAAAAUAGCUGUAGGCGGACACUCCUAUGGGGCGUUCAUGACAGCCAACUUGCUUAUCCACGCACCGAAUUUGUUCUGUUGUGGUAUUAGUCGGUCGGGUGCCUAUAAUCGUACACUUACUCCGUUCGGUUUCCAGUCUGAGGAGAGAACUCUUUGGGAGGCGCAAAAGACCUACAUUGAGAUGAGUCCCUUCAUGCUGGCCGAUAAAGUGAAGAAACCUAUUUUGCUAAUUCAUGGCGAAGAGGACAACAACGCUGGGACUCUUACCAUGCAGUCGGAGCGCUUCUACGCCGCUCUGAAAGGAAACGGGGCGCUGUGCCGGUUGGUGCUUCUUCCUCUUGAAAGCCAUGGUUACUCUGGGCGUGAGAGCGUGAUGCACUGCCUGUGGGAAAUGGACCGCUGGUUGCAGAAAUAUUGCGUCCAAGCCUCUAAUAAGGCGUCCCUUGGUCAGAGCUUGAACGGAGACUUGAUCAGCGCCGAAAAGAACUCAUAAUCUCUUGUACCUCUGUCCUAGCUUUAGCCAUUGCCAUUCUGAUACAUUGUCAUUGGAAGUAGCACAUAUGAUGGAUGAAUGAAUUUGAAGAUAUACGGUACUAUACUAUUCUUUCCCGGUUGAAUUCACAAAUUUACUAUGUACUUCAUCUGCAGCAUGUGGACAGUGGCAUUGUCAACAACGCAAUGUUGAACGGGUUGACAGGAUUUGUUGUUAGAAAGUUUUAGACUUUCUGGUCAGACGUUUUCUUUUUUUCUUUUUUUUUCUCUUCGAGAUUUUCAAGUAUCCAAAAUGGAUUUCAUGCUUCUCUGUUAAGCUCACAGUCUGAGUGCGAAAGUCAGCUAAGAAUGUGUGGAAAAUUGGGCAGCAAGUUUAAUGGCUUGUUUGUAUGGAAUUGGUUCCCUUUUUUGAGGGUAUCUGCGAAGUGGGGCUGUAGAAAGAACCAGAAUCUGCUCCUACUAGAAUUUGUGUACUAUCCCUGCAAUAUCCUCUUAUGGAAUUAUAUCUA